ACGGAAGAGAAAAUGAUUUCUGCCAUCUGCUUGGUAAUGGCAGCAAUCCAGGCUGUGCAUAAUGGAAAAUGUCCUCCCAGUCACAUUUUGGGCUUGGGUUCACUGGAAGACCAAUUAUGACGUCCAUUUGGGCAGGACUUUUAUGACUGUGGGAAAGAAACAGACAAGGAGAGCAGAGGUAAAGGUAGCAGUGUCAAUGGUGGAACACAAUGUGCCAUUUGCAGUAGCCGAUCACUUCAGCCCAUUGCUAAAAGAAUGCUUCAAAGAUUUCCCUACUGCACAGAGCUUCAAGUCUGCCCGCACAAAAAUGUCCUGCAUAAUAAAUGAAGCAGUGACUCCUCACUUUAGAAAGGAACUGGUCAUGAAGAUGAGGACCAAUCCUUUCACGUUGAUCACAGUUGGAUCAAAUGAUACAGGACGUGAGAAGAUGAACCCGCUCACUGUGCGGGUAUAUGACAGUGACCUCAGCAAAGUUGUCCACAGGUUCCUGGAUAUGUGCCCCACCAGCGGGCCAAACUGCGGCACAGCUGAAGUGAUCUACAAGAAGAUGGAUGAGGCCUUGCUGAAAAACGCCAUACCAUGGAGAAACUGUGUCAGUCUGUCUGUUGAUAAUGCUCCUGUCAGUACAGGAGCAAGGAACUCCAUCGCAUCCAGAAUUCAUCAAGAACAUGCCAGCAUCUACAUCCAUGGGUGCCCUUGUCACAUCAUCCACAACACUGCCAAACAGGCUGGCCAGGCCUUUUUGGAGGUGUGUGGAUUUGAUCCAGAGGAGGAUCUUGCUGUGGAUGUCGGAUAUUGGUUUAAAGGAAGCACCAAUCGUAAAGGUUACCUGACAGAAUUCUGUGAGCUCCAUGGAAGUGAGUAUAUGGAAAUGCUCAUGCACGUUUCCGUUUGGUGGUUGAGCCUGGAGAAGUGUUUGACUCGUAUCCUGCAGCAGUAUGCGCCACUGGCCAGCUACUUGAAGUCACUAAAUGACAAACAGCCAAGGUUCAGGAGGCUUGUGGAGGCAUUCUCUGACCCAAUCACAGAGGUGUACCUGCUCUCCUAUCAAGCAACGUUUUCAGUCUUCUCCACCUUCAACCUCCUCCUCCAGAGAGAGAAGUCAUCCAUGUUCCUUCUACAUGAUGAGAUGAGGGGUUUCAUCCGCAAGCUGCUCUCGAAGUUUCUGAAGCCCGCAGCAUUGCAGCACCGGGAACUGCAUGAAAUCCGCUUUAAGGAGCCAUCCAACCAAGUUUUACAUCAGAAUAUGCACAUGGACUAUCCACUCACUGAUCUCACUCAACACACUGUUUGUUAGAAGGCUGCAGUCAUCUCGUCACACACAUGGGACCACAAUGGAAAGAAGUCCCCAGGACUUUUUUGUUUAGCCCAAAUGUGUGACUGACUACGCUGUUUGCAUUUCUGUCUAAUAAACUAUUCAAUCAAUCACUGAUAUGAUGAAGAUACUUAAAGGGGUGCUUUCAAGUUAGCUAGUGUGGUUUUUGAUGGUGACUAAAGUGACUCAACUCAGUCUUAUUCUUGUCUCAUACUGACAUGUUGGUGCAUACAGCAUACAGCGUUAAUGACCUCUGAAGUUGUUGAUUUGUGUCUCUUGUAGGAGAAAAGUUGGUGAUUGGCUUCACUACUCGAGCUACACUCAACAGGCUCCUUGAAGCAGGAGACAUUACACCGCAGCAAGUGCAGAGGUUCCAGCAGGCAGCAGUGGCGUUUCUGGAAAGGGCUGUGGAGUAUGCCAUCAAGAAACUCCCCAUGAAAGAGCCUCUGAUAAAACAUGCCAUGUUUCUGGAUGUCCAGCAGAGAGCAGAGUGUGGAGUGGAAGAUGCCUUCUACUUUGUCGACAGCUUAGUUGGGGUAUCAAGUUUCCUGAACUUCUCCCAUACAAUGGACCUGAGGAGCAUGACAAACUGAGUGAGGAGUUUCUGGACUACCAGUCCAUGGACAUUGCCAUGACCGAAGACCCAGCAAUGUUUGACUUUGAGAGCUUUUGGGGGAACAUGGCAUCAAUGAAGAAUAAGGUGACCGGUAUGAGCAGAUUUGGCAGGCUGUCUCGUAUUGCCAAGUUGGUCUUGGUACUUCCUCAUUCAAAUGCUGAUACAGAACAAGUUUUCUCUGUGGUUGGACUGAAUAAAACCAAAACCCGAAACAGUUUGGCUCUUGUGGGAACUCUAUCAUCCAUCAUGACAGUGAAGAUGGCGAGCCUUGAGCCACAGUGUUUUAAGUGGGAGCCCCCUGCCUCUGUCAUCAAGGCAUCAAAAUCUGCGACAAACACCUACAACAUGAGACAU